AUGCCUGGGACGAAAACCACUCGACGACCGAAAGCCACAACGCUCGAGACGAACAAUCGUCCCGACGAAUGGCGCAUCGAACAGGGCAUGCAAGGCGCCAAGCUGCCCAUCAUUGACCAGACUGGAUCAAAAACUGUUUUUAUACACCCUGUUGACCCGCCGCCCAUCACGAAAGACCAGGCAGCCAUCGAUGCUGUGGGAGACCGUAAUAAGCUGUUUGCCGGCGAGCUGGAUGGCUGGAAAGGGCAAGCCUACUACGACUCUUCAGAACAGAAAAAGGCCAAGGCACACAAGAUCCUUACCUCCCAGACCUUCACGCCCACGCCGGAUUACAUGACCGGCCCGAUCCCAGGCACGAAUCCGGUGCUGCCUGGCGAUGACUUCACGGAAUGGCAUCAUGCCAUUGGUGGCGAGCUGGCCGACGCUCCUGAAGAUUCGUGGCGAACUGUUCUCAAAGAGAAGCACAAGGACAUGUUGCAUUUGCUUAAAUUCCCCUACAACGGCGAACCACCCAAGCGCCUAGUGACUGCAAAGUCAAUCACUCCUAAUCCACUCCACUUUGUGCGCAACCACGGUGGUAUUCCCAUAAUCGACAAGGACAAAUUCUACUUUACCCUAGAUGGACUGGUGGCUACUCCCAAGAGAUACACGCUUAAUGACAUCAUGGAUGAAUCCCGGUUCCCGCAGAUCGUGGAAACAGUCACGAUUCAGUGCUCCGGCACCCGACGUAUCGAACAGAUCACCUUGUACCCGGGCCAGGGAGACGAGGUACCUCAGGCACCGUGGGCUGAGGGAGCUAUUGGCACAGCCACUUAUCGUGGUAUCAGUCUGAAGAAGCUCAUCAAGGACUGUGGCGGCCUUGUCAAUGGCGGCAAGCACCUUGAACUCUAUGGUGCGGAAACAUAUGUCAAGGACCUGGAGGUCAUGAACUACCUAGUCAGCGUACCGUGGUCCAAGGUCAAGGCCAACGAAGUCCUACUCGCCUGGGAGAUGAACGGCGAGCCCCUACCCGCAAUCCAUGGCUUCCCUCUUCGUGUGGUCGUCCUGGGCUAUAUCGGCGCUCGCAGCGUCAAGUGGCUCUACCGUAUCAAGGCAAUCGAAACCCCUUCGAUGGCCCCCGUGCAGAGCCGAGAGUACCUUUACUUCAACCAACAGAUCGGCAAGCACAACCAGAAGCCGACGGACGGCAUCCAAAUCCAGGAGAUGCCGGUUAGCUCUGCUAUCAUGUCGCCGUGGAAAGGGCACGUCAUCCUGCACAACGGCAAGAUCCACUGUAAAGGCUGGGCCUAUUCAGGCGGUGGCCGCUGGCCCGAACGUGUCGAACUGUCUGCUGACGGCGGCUUCUCAUGGUAUGAAGUGGCUCCCGAGAACAUGUCCAAGAAAGGACGCUGGACCUGGCGUACUUGGGAGAUCGAUCUGCCCUGCGACGUCGAGGGCUGGAUUGAGAUUGUCUGCCGAUGCUGGGACAAUGCGCUCAACACACAGCCACUGACCGUGCGAUCCGCUUGGAACUGGGGCUUGCACGUCACCCACUCAGCUCACCGCAUCAGCGUCUACAGCAUCAACAAGACCCGGCCGCGGACACAGGAGCGUCUUGCGUUGUUGGAGAAGAAUGGCAUCCCAUUAGCACCAAUUACACGCUACGAAGUUACGCACUCGCAGACUGAUGCGGAAAUUAUGAAGUACUAUAAGGAGCAUGACCCUCGGGAUGCCGACAAUGUUUAUACCAACAUUGAUGAUGAUUAA